ACCAGCAACGGCAGCAUGAAAUGAGUAGCCAGCAAUGGGUUCGCAAACGUUAAAAAUCCUACGACAGGGUGUGCUGGCCAGCUUGACCGGUGGCUGGUACUACGACGUGCAUCAGAAUGUCUUCUGCAAUGCCGUCCAUCUGUACAUCUGGCUGUUUUUGUUGUUCCUUCCGUUCAUCAUUUAUAUGUACUUCCCGACCACCGUAGUUGUAUGGAGCAUUUACUGCGUGCUGAUCGCGAUCAUCAUCACGUUCUUCAAGAUGGUGAAUGUGGCGCUGCACCGCAUGUACGAUCGUGCCCGGACGCUUUCCGAGACGAACCUGAAAAAACCGGGCAGUGCCAAUUCCGGCAAGGCACCGCGCGAAGCGGACACCGGCAUCAUCGGGAUCGGUGGCUCGGGUGACGAUGAGCCCGGGAUUGAAAUGCAAAUCCUUGGCACGGUGGAAGUGGUCGGCGGUACACCACCGGUAAACGCAUCGUCCCGUACGUCGGUCGAGCACCAUAGCGAUGAAAACAGUUACGCUAAUAGUGCGAUAUCGAUCGACUACCAGGAGGUGACCAGUACGAUCGAUCUAAAGGUUGACGUCCAUCGGAAGAAUAGCUCCGAAUCGAGCGAUAGUGGACUGAGUGGUGCUGCUGCGGCGUCAUCGGGCACGGCAGGUGCUGCCGGUGUUAGUGGAACAGCGGCGGGACUGGGAGCAGUCGUUCCAUCGGCAGCUUGCAGUGACGCGUGCUUUCGAAGCGAUCGAAUUGCGGAAGCAAACAACGAAACACCAUUUGGUGUGCCAGUGGUACGAUGCGGGGCACCGGUGCAAACGCACACAGCGGAGGUGUGCAGUACGGGUAGUACGCAUAAACGCUCCCUGUCCACUCCGAAUCAGGAUCGGUUUUCUGAGCUGGUGUUGGAAACGGUGAUGCGUGAGAUGACGCGCGAAUUUGGCGAUCUUCCCUCGGCGGGCGGUGGUGCAAGUGCCGGCGGUAGUGGAGCCGGUUCGAGUAGCAGCACGAAGGGAGAUUCGGGGACGGGCACGCGAAUGUUGGGUUCUGCCCAAUCGAAUGCAUCGCUGCGGCGCCAUCAGUACAAAUCGAAGCGGAAACAGCGCUUCAUGAACAGUCAACUACAGCGCCAAAUAUCGCUCGAUUCGGAAAAGCUGAAUGGCAGCAAUGUGUUCACGGCAGACGAACAACCGGUCGACGGACAGAAGACGGUGUCGGGUACGGGUAUUAGCGAGGUAACCGACGGUGGUACGCGUAAUCGUCGCCGAACGGGUGCAGGAGGUGCUGCUGGAGCGGAGGGAGGAGGCAUGCAGUUGCAGAGGCAUCUGAGUUCGGAGGAUCAAAAUAACAAAUCGGUUAGUUCGUUGUUUCAUCAUCAGCUGCACCAUCACCACCAUCAUCAUCACCAUCAUCAUAUGCUUGCGAUGCAGAAUCUCGAUCCGGAUCUAUACAUGGAUCACAAUUACACGAAAUCGGCCGUACAGCUGGCGAUAGCGGACACGGGCAGUGGGAACGACACGUCCAACAGCUCCAAGAUCACCUACCUCCUGCAUCAGGCCACUCCGAUACGGCGAGAUUCGAGUAGCACCAUGUCCGCGCUACAGUUGCCAACGAUUGCGAGCAGUAGCGGUCCGGCAAGCGGCGGUUCCAUUACUGGCGGUGUGUCGGGGGAUGGUGUCGGUGGAACACCGGGAGCCGAACGGACCGUUAACAGAGGUGGCAAUAAUGCGUCCGGCAAACGACGCCGACACUCGAACACUACCAACAGUGGGAAUGGUGGACAGGGGCGACCACUGCCACGCUCGUUAACGUCCGUCAGACGCAUCAAAAGUGCAGCCCUGGAAACGUGCAGUCCGGCCUCGAUACCAAACCUAACGCCAACCCACCCGAACAGUGUGGAGGUGAUCGGUGGCCAAACGCUGCGCAAUCCGCGACAUACGGUGCUGCCUCCGCCGAGCAAAUGCUUGUCGCGCAAUCCGUACCUGAACUUGUUUACUAAAUCCAACGAAGGAAGCAGUGGAACGGGACUGGUGGACGUGUGCGGGGGCGGCUCGUCCAGCUUUAUGGUUCAGCUUGGUUGUGAUAGUGGUUCUGCCUUCGAAUCGGUGCUUCCCGGCGCUACCAAUGCCGGCAGCGAACCGGUAUAUCCGAUCGCGGAACAAUCUGAUGAAAGUACGCCGGUAAAAAGUAGUGCGGUUGGUGGUAGUGCGACACGGCUGCGAGUGAGAGAUGAAAACACACCACCGGUACAGCGUUUUGAUCUGCAUUCCGAUUCGGACGAUGACGGGCUGGAAGAUGACGAUGAGGAUGAGGAUGACAUUCUAGAGGAUGAGGAUGAUGGUGGACCGGAAAGCGAGGUGGACGAAGGGGAUGAUGUGAUAGACAUCGAUCCCGCGGACGUGUCGGAAAAUGGACGAACGACUGAGCGGACGAAGAUGGAAGAAAAUUACUAUCCCUCGGAAGAACUGAAACCGAACCAACGGAUAGGUGAUAGCGAAGAAGAUCUCACACUGCACGACCAACUACGACGAUUGCACCAUCAACAACAGCAGCAGCAGCAGCAGCAGCAACAGCAACAAAGAGUUCCAGAAGAGGAGGCGCCAAUUGGGGUGGAGGAAGCUCCCGGUGUUGAAUCGGACCUAGAACAUCCCGACAGUGGUCUUCAGUCGACCGAUUCAGACACAGAAACGAAUGCCGGAUCACGAUCACCGCUGCUAGAACCGCGUACCCAUCGAACGCAUUCCGAACAGCAGGUUGGUGGAACGGCCACGAUAGUGGAAGCGAAAAAUCCAGCCUGUUGUGCCAUAGUGCCUCCGAAGCUGAUCGGUAGUAGUGAGGUGAAGAAAACUUCCUCCAGUCCAACGAUCAGCUGUAGCGACAGGUGCACCGACACGAUGCAACAGCAACAACACAUGCUACUUCGUUCGCCGCUCGCGAAAGCGUUCGAGGAGACGGGAUGUCUUUCUUCUAGCGAUUGGGAGCAGGCGAGUGCUAGUUCGAAAGAUUUGCUCAUAGCAAAGGACACCGCCAUGUCCCAGGAUGGUGCAACUGGAUCUGGGCUGAAGAAAUCCGUUACGGGGAGUGAAUCGGAUCCGCAAAUUCCUGGCUCGAGUGGAACAACGAGCAAACCGAAGGUAAAGGAUGAAGGAAAAACAGGAGCCUCUAGUUGUUCGACCGUCGCAGACAAAGAGGCUACAAAUGGAGGAUCUUCGCUAUCGGUGACACAGUUACAGCAGCGAAAUUUAGGAGCCAUUCCAAAAACCUCACCACCGGGACGUAGUGCCAGCGUGCGGCGGCUAAGCGUGGAGGAAAACUACCCCGCCACGAGCAGCAAAAUCUACAAUCGAUCACUCUCCCAGCGGUUGCUGGCGGAGCGAAUACCGGAAAACUCCACAGCAGCUCCGUUAAUAACGUUCCUAAACUAUCGUUCGGAUGUGCCAAUUCCACCGAUCUAUCUCCCGGGGAACAGUGCACUGUCGGAGCAGCAAACGGCCAGCUUUACGUUUCGUCGCCCAGCGCCCCUACCGACACGUCCUUAUCGUCACCUGAACUGUCGCUUACGGAUGCUGAAACCGGACGGUGGAAAUGCCGAUAGUGGUGCUGCUUCCGGUGGAAGUGCAGGAGGAUCCUCAACGCAGGCUGGUGUAUCUUCGUCAUCCGGAACGUUUGGCGAUUAUUGGCGCGAUGAUGAUAAUAACAAUUGCAAUUACUGUCUGGAUGCGCUUGAAAAUCCACAAACACGUCUACAAUCGAUUGCGGCAAGUUCGAGCACAUCCAGUGCAAGUAACUUUACUGGGUAUGGUGGCGGCACGUCACGUAACAUCUGUCACGACGCACUGAUGCCGGGAGCCGUCGGUGAAAUGCCUUUAAAUUUCUACGUCACAGACGAUUCCGAUCGAUGGUUGCGGUGUGCGGCAAAUGUGAUAAAGGAACGGUUCGGUGCGCUAAACCCGUUGAAUCCGUAUCUACAUCAUCAUAUGCAUCACCAUCAUCAUCAUCACCGUACGAUCAGCAUCAGUGGACCGUCGACGAGUGGGACGGGUGGUGUGAUUGGAAGUAUGGGUAGCGGUGUUGGUGAAAGUGGACUUGCAUCCGGUGGACCAACGGUUGGGACGAUAUCAUCCGCGGGCGAUGAUUUUAACACAGCCUCAAUUAACUCGGGCAGCGGAAUGGCGGAUAAAACGAUCGUGGCAUCGACUGAUUUUAGUUUGUCGCGUGCGCAAAGCACGAUCGACGUUGUGCCACAUUCGAUGUUCGGAGAAGCCGGUCCGAAGGUACGUCCAAAGCGGUACUACAAACUGUCGUUACGGUUUCUUUGCUUCCGGGAGCAUCUGAACAUAUCGAUGAACCGAUUGCAGCUGUUAGCGCUGUUCGAUCGGGACACGAGCUGGACUCAAGUGGUGUUGGCGAUCGCGCUCUGUACGCUUGUAUCGCUGCUCGGAUCGCUCGUGCUGUAUCUGAAGUUUUACGAAGAUCUGUACGCGUUUAUAUUCUGCUUCGUGAUUGCCGGGAGUCAGUAUUCGCUGCUGAAGAGUGUCCAACCAGACGCAGCCUCACCGAUACAUGGAUUCAACAAAACCGUUACAUAUUCGCGUCCCAUCUACUUCUGUCUCUGCUGUGGAUUGUUGUUGGGUGUGCAUCAACUGUUGCGAGAGUACCAGCUCGGCCUAGGACACGGUAACAGCGUUUCGAUGGUGCUGUUUGGCUUUCCGAUCUCGAUCGUUGCUUUCCUGCAGUCAGCUCAAACUAUCCUCGCGGUGGUGAUUCUAUCGUUUCCGCUUUUGUUCAGCUUGGGACUGUUCCCGCAAAUUAACACCUUCACGAUGUACUUUCUGGAGCAGGUCGAUAUGCAUCUUUUCGGGAGCAAUGCAUCCUGCAGCCUGCUCGCAUCGUUUCUUUCCGUCGUACGUUCGAUCGUCGCUUGUACGCUGCUGUUCGGACUCGUGUACGGAGCGCUGUCCGAAACAGGUACACAGCACGUCCUGUUUUCGAUGUAUUGUGCAUUUCUGGUGACAGUAUCGUACCAUCUGUCCCGUUGCGCAAGCGAUUACACCUACAUCUGGGCGGUGAUAAAAUCCAGCCUCCUUACACACUCCGACUACGAUGACACAUCGAGCAAGGAAGAUUCGAAAAUUUCUUCCGAUUCGUGUGACGAUACGCCAAAGGAUGGACAAAGGCGACAAUCGAAUGGUGAUGGUGGUGGUGGGGAAGGAUCGGCUCGAUCAACCGAUGAGAUGAAUCGUGACUUUGACGAAGAAGCAGGACGUGACGCAGUAUCGAAGGAGUUGGAUGAUCCAUUGCCUCGAAAGCUGCAGGAUACGGUAACAGCUCGGUUGAAAAAUGAUGCCGUUGUGUGCGUGGUACUGUCGGUGGCAAUGUUUAGUUUGCACUGUAGUACAGUGUUUACGGUACUGCAGCCGGAGAUCAAUCAUGUGCUGCAUACCGGUGCUUGCAUCCUAGGCUUCCUGAUGCACUACAUUGUGCCACAGCUGCGAAAGCAUCUGCCUUGGUUGUGCAUUGCGAAGCCGAUCCUAAAGCCGGAAGAGUUUGGGCUGUUUGAGGUGCACAAGCUUUCGAAGAUCAUGUGGUUCGAGACGAUGUACGUGGUGCUGUGCUUCUUCGAGCGUAACAUUCUGUAUCCGCUCAUCUUCAUCAGCGCAUUGACGGCUGACUGCAUGCAGAUAGCUCAAAAGUUUGGUUUCACGCUAGGCUCGAUCCUGAUCGCAAUGUGCAGUUUGAAAUGUGUUCGUAACGCUUACUCCGAUACUGGCAGUCAGUACAUCAUACUCAUCUUUACGGUGCUUUUCUUUCGGUUGGACUACAAAAUGUCGAGCGAAACGUUUCUGUUGGACUAUUUUCUCAUUUCGAUCCUGUACCGUAAGAUUGCUGAAUUUCUAUUGAAGCUGCAAUUUGUCGUGACGUACAUUGCACCGUGGCAAAUCACGUGGGGCUCAGCGUUUCAUGCAUUUGCGCAACCGUUCAGUGUGCCUCAUUCGGCGAUGCUGUUUCUGCAAACGGCGAUUAGUGCAAUCCUGUCGACACCACUCAAUCCAUUUCUUGGAAGUGCCAUAUUUCUCACCUCUUACGUACGUCCGAUUAAGUUCUGGGAGCGUGAUUACAAUACUCGUCGCAUCGAUCACUCGAACACACGGCUAAGCUCACAGCUCGAGCGUGAUCUCGGUGCGGAUGAUAACAAUUUAAACAGCAUCUUCUACGAACACCUGACGCGAUCGCUGCAACAUUCGCUGUGCGGUGACCUGCAGAUGGGUCGCUGGGGAAACGUCAGCCAGGGAGAUUGCUUCGUACUUGCCUCUGAUUAUCUAAACUGCCUUGUACACAUAAUCGAGCUUGGUAAUGGGCUCUGUACAUUUCAAAUGCGUGGUCUCGAGUUUCGGGGCACGUACUGCCAGCAGCGGGAAGUUGAAGCAAUCUCGGAGGAGGUGGAAGAUAAUAUUGGAUGCUGUUGCUGUGCGAUCGGUCGUUUGCCGCGUAUGUUAAGUGCCAACGCAAUGUUCACGACACGCUGGCUUGCCUGGCAAGUGAUGGCGUCGAAGUACGUGUUGGAAGGUUACUCUAUCUCUGAUAACUCGGCCACCGCCACGAUGCAGGUGUUUGAGUUCCGCAAGGUGCUGAUAUCGUAUUAUGUAAAGAGCAUCAUCUACUACACGCUACGAUCGCCAAAGCUGAUGAGCUGGCUCCAGUCGCAGGCAAUUGAGGAAGCGCUCGAACACACCACCGACCGGCAGUUUGUAGAUUUGGAUCCGGUGUUCAACAUCAAUCUGGACGAUGACUACGAUUCACGGGCAGCCGGUAUAACGCGCAGCAGCUUUUGGUGCGUGUACGGUGAAUGGAUACAGUUUUGUAGCGAUAAAAAGCGUCAGCAGCUGCAGGCAGCUCUUAACGAGCGUACGCCACGAAAAUCGGCUGCUACAGCUGCAAGAAAUGGUACAACGAACAACACUACUGCUGCUUCGGGUGAUAGUGCUGGAGGGAAUUGUGUCGUAUCUUCUACAUCGAACGCCAAUGUAACCAAAGCAGAGAGUGGCAGUAGCGGUGUGUUAAAGGAAGGAAAAGCUUCUUCGGAAGGUACGGGUGCCACAAACACGGGUUCAACUGCAUUGGUGGACGGUUGGGUGGAAGGAUCAGCAGCAGAUGCUGUUGGUUCAAAUAAGCCAGAAUGUGGUGAAUCUAGUGGAACCAAUGGUAAUAAUGGGCCAGCAGGAACGUCUUCGAAUGGUGCGUCUAGUGGUGCGUCAAAUGCGAACGGUGCAGGUUCUUCGAAUAAUGGAUCGAAUGGCUCCGCAAAUGCCUUUUUCAAAUCGACUCGUGAUUCAUUGGUGGCCUCCCUGUGCAUGUCAUUGGCACUAUUAGCCCGACGAACGCUUGCCACUGCCAGUCACAGUUCAUCCUGUGGCGUUGAAUUCUUUCUCCACGGACUACACGCACUGUUCAAGGGCGAUUUUCGCAUCACGUGCCCGAGAGACGAAUGGGUAUUUGCGGAUAUGGAACUACUCCAUGGCGUUGUAGCGCCGGCCGUUCGAAUGUCCCUUAAGCUUCAUCAAGACCAUUUUCUCUGUCCGGACGAGUACGAUGAUUAUAGCAAUCUGUACAAUGCGAUCGAUUUCCACACCAAGGAGCUUGUGAUAUCGCACGAAGCUGAUCCACUGUGGCGCAAUGCGGUGCUACGCGGAACGCCAAAUUUGCUCGCCCUGCGUCACGUCAUGGAUGACGGAUCGGAUGAGUAUCGUGUCAUAAGGCUUACGAAGCGAUUUCUCACCUUCCGGGUGAUCAAACUGAAUCGGGAGUGUGUGCGUGGCCUUUGGGCUGGCCAACAGCAGGAACUGAUCUAUCUGCGCAAUCGUAACCCCGAGCGGGGUAGCAUACAAAACGCAAAGCAAGCGCUACGCAACAUCAUCAACUCAUCGUGCGAUCAACCGAUCGGAUAUCCGAUCUACGUCUCACCGCUGACGACGUCGUACGCAGAAACGAACGCACAGUUGUGUCGUAUCAUUGGUGGUGAGAUAACGUUGGAAAAAAUACAAUCCAUGUUGAUUCGCACCUGGAAGCGUAUACGGCAGCGCUGUCGGGAAGGUUGCAGCAGCGGUAGUGCCAUUAUCGAGGGCGAGAUGACAGAAAUGCAGGGCGUGUACUGCAAUACACCGACGCCGAAUAAUACGCUAUCCGGAACGGCCGGUACGCUAUCGUACGGCAGUCAAAAUAUGUCCAUCUCGGGCGCGGUGGCAAAUCGGGGCAGUAUGGCCAGUAUUAACAAACCGACCAGCUCGACCCUGUUGGCUGGCUUUCUGAUACGCGAGCGGGACGCCGAACGGGAAGCGAUGGCGCUCGGUUUGACGGCGGCUGGUUUGCGGGAACGAAACACGAUCGCAAAGCGAACCGUGGGAAGCACCAGCAAGGAUCGGAUUGAUUGGGGAGCGUUGCAGAUUAACAAGCGCGAUUCGUUCCGUGAGGUGCUGGCGGAAGCGGUUGCCGCUGCUGCUGCCGGUGGAAGUGGAAACGAUAGUUCGGUUGGCGCUGACGAUGAAAGCCAAAGCACUGCGGGUGGUAGUCCGAGCUCGACGUUGAAGCAGCAGGGAAGUGUUGAAUCCACGUCCGGAUUGGCUGCCAGUGGGUACAUCCACAAAGCGAACGUCCCUUCCUCGAUGCUCUCUGGGGGUGGGCCGGGAUUUAGCUCGGCACUUGCCAGCAGUGGCGCUGGGAAUAAUGUGGUGGCGGCCGGUAGUCGCAUUCCGGGAGUACCUGGUACGUUGACGUUUACGCUCUCACCACCGGACGAUGCACCCUACUCGUUGUUUGUGAUGGCGGAGGCGCAACCGGACGAACCGAAGUCUGGGCUUCAGUGGCUGCAUUCUCCACCGGCAAUCGGACUGAACAAGAAAGUCAUCAUUGUGGAUGCAUCACAGAUUUACGAUUGCCUAGACCUUGGCCGCCGGAUCGAUGUAACCUGGCCAAACGAACAGUUUCGAUCGAGCGGUGGACGCUCAUCGUGGAAAGACUGGACGCCGCAGGAGGGCAUGGUUGGCAACGUUGUGCACUUUUGGCAACCGAAUCAUCCCGAUCAUCACUUCCGCUCCAAUGUGAAUCGCACCAUACUGCUGGUAAAGAUUGGUGAACGGCAUGUACCGAUCGGUGAGAAGGGCAUCAAGGAGUACAACACAAUCGGCUUAGUUGCGGCGGAUCCUCUCACAACCAUCGUUAGUGUUGACGAGACGACCAGUAGUGUCACACCGGCACGACAGCAUUCGCUGGAAGCGGCUGUGGGGUGCGGCGAACUCGGUGCACCUUCAGUAGAAUUACCGACGAACGUGUCCACCGGACAGAACGAAUUGCAAACGAAUCAAGCUGAGGAGCAAGCUAGUUCCACCUCAAGCGAAGCCACCAAUCAGAGUGUAAUGGAAACCGCACCAAAGGGAGAGCUGGUGGAUAGCGGAGUGGUAGAGCCACCAGAGACAUCGUCAUCGAUAGAUGCAUCAUCUACACAAACGAAAAAAUAG